AACGGAAAUGCUUUUAUUUUGAGAUGACGUCACCGGAUGAAGAUGCAGAGCAGCCGCUAGCUUGACAUAAAGUAGCUUAGGCUGAGCUGGCUGUUUGGUUGGGGCUGUUUUGACUCCGCUGGUUGUUCCACAUCGACGUCCUUCUCUACGUGGAAGCUGGUCGCUCUCGUCGGGGAGGUUUCCACACCGAGGCGGGGGCUCAACACAUCGACCUGCUUCAAGCAGAACCGAUCAGAACAACCCAGAAUCUGCUGAACUGACGCCAUGGACCCAGCCAGUCAAGAUAUCAACCUGAACUCUCCUAACAAAGGCAACAGCAUGGAUCGCUCAGACAACAUGGAUCGCUCAGACAACAUGGAUCGCUCAGACAACAUGGCCGACGUUCAGGCGGAGGGCGCGAUGGCGAACUCGGCGCUCCCUCUCCCGCCCGGCCUGACGGAGGAAGAGGCCGAGGAGCUCCGCCUCGAACUGACGAAGGUGGAGGAGGAGAUCAACACGCUGCGCCUUCUGUCCGCUAAAGAGAGGCACUCCUCGGAGCUGAAGAGGAAACUGGGCCUCAGUCCGCUCAACGAGCUCAAGCAGAACAUCACCAAGAGCUGGCAGGACGUCCAGACCUCACAAGCCUACAUGAGAACCACAGAGAAACUGGGCGAGUGGAAUGAAAGGGUGACCAGUUCAGAUCUAUAUCUGUCUGCCUCAGCCACUUUGGAUGACAUUACCCACUCUGAAGCAUACAAGAAGACCCAGGAGACUCUUUCUGAGGCGGGACAGAAGACGAGCGCCGCUCUCAACACGCUGGGCACGGCCAUCAGCAGGAGGCUGGGCGACAUGAGAAACUCUCCAACCUUCAAGUCGUUUGAGGACAAAGUGGGAAACCUGAAGCAUAAGGUGGUGGGACCCAGAGGGAACGGAGACUCCGUCAGCUCCCCGACCGACACCACCCCGACUCAGGAGAACCCGCCCUUCUGAACGCACCGCCUCCUCAUCCUCGCUGCCAUCUUCCUCACGACCUCAGACUGUACUGUUUAUGGAGCCCUGACCUCUGACCCCUUCAGCAACACUCUGCAUUUUGUCCUACGAUCUGUAUAUCCUGUUAUCAUCUCUGAUUGAAAUAAUAAUUUUGAGCCAGAAAGCAAAAAAAGAAACUAAAACAUUUUGAGUUUUUCCUUCAUUUUGAAUGUCUGUGAUCCUCACUGAAAGUUAAUACUUUCGCCUUUUCUGCUCUCACACCGUGAGCACAUAUUCUGUCUGUUUCCUCUUUCAACGCAGAUGUUUGCUUCGCAGUUUGAUUGAGAAAAUCUUCGGCCUCAGCGUGUUUCUCACCUCACAAACCCUGCAAGCAGCCACAUCACUCCUAAAAAAACUCACAAAAUACACCCAAGAUGUAAAAACUGCACCCAUUUUGUAUUAUAAACUAUUUUACACUGCUUUGCAUAACGUUUUUACAUAAUUUUUAUCAAUAUGUAUAAAUAUAUAUGACUAUAUAAUAUCGUUGGUGGUAGUAAUCAGGGUUGACAGCAGGAAACAAACACUAGUGGGUCAAUUUUUCUCAGUUAGUUACACUAAUCAAACCAAAGCAACUGGGAAUAAAAAUAAAAACUGGUUUUAAUUUCAACAUUUUCUCCAUUAAUCCAAACCUGGUUUGUUUCUGCUCGUCUCGUCUGCUCAGAUUUCGCUGAAAUAAGAGGAAAACUUUACAGGUUUUCUUCAUUUUUGUGUCAAUUUAGAAAUAUCUCACGCUGCUUUUUGUCAACUGGAAUGUGAAUGUACACAAGUUAGCCGCUGCUAGCAAAAACUAACUAAAUUUAAUGGCUAAAAAAAUGCAGAAAAUCUGUUUUUUUCUGAGCCUGAUUAAAAGAAGGAAUUCAUUUUGUUUUGCUCAAACAAACUUUUAUAAAAUAUUUUCCUGCAGCUUUUCUCUUCCCUUAAGUGAAACAUAACUUCUCAUCAAACUGCUUUAAGUCUAUUUUCUUGUUACACUUAGUUUUUUUGGUAGAUUAUAUUUUCUUUUUUGAGAAUUUGUACGCCGUCAGCUGAAGUUGCCAAUGUUUGAAUUAUCUGUUACAGAAUUUUCUUUCCCAAAUGAGAAAAAAUUUGAUUUAGUUGGACAUUUUCUCUCUUUUUUCCCCACUGACUUAGAUGAUAGCUGAACCUUUUCUGCAUUUAUUUGUAUUUUUUGGAGACGGCCAAACGAGAACGUUGUACCUUUAUUUUUGUGUUUUGUUUUGGGUGCCAAGGGAAGUGCAGCUUUACUCACUUUGGGUCCUGGCUUUGUCUCUGACUGGAAAGUGAUGAGAUUUGGAAAAUCAUGCUGAAAUAAUUAAAGAUCUCUGGUUUUGUUGUAUAUGUGUAGAGAUCAAUAAAGCAUUCCUUUAAAUGAA